CCCUCCCCACCGCCUCGUCCGCCAGCAGCCCCUUCCGAACCGGGACGCACAGGCUGGUCCCGCUCCGCCGGGGGGAAACAUGUCGCGCGCAGCGGCGAUCGCCAGCUCCCUGAUCCGCCAGAAGCGGCAGGCGAGGGAGCGCGAGAAGGCGAACGCGUGCCGCGGCAGCGGCAGUCCGAGCAACAGCAAAGGCACCAACGAGAAGCCCAGCAAGCUCAACGUGUUCUCGCGCGUCAAACUGUUUGGAUCGAGGAAGAAGCGGAAGAGAAGGCGGCCGCCAGAGCCCCAGUUAAAGGGCAUUGUGACCAGGCUCUCCAGUCGCCAGGGCUUCCAGCUGCAGAUGCAGCCUGAUGGCACCAUCGAUGGAACCAAGGAUGAAGACAGCACGUACGCUGUGUUCAACCUGAUCCCAGUGGGCCUCCGGGUGGUGGCCAUCCAGGGCGUGCAGACCAAACUCUACCUGGCGAUGAACAACGAAGGCUUUCUCUACACCUCUGAACAUUUCACCCCGGAGUGUAAAUUCAAGGAGUCGGUGUUUGAGAACUACUAUGUCACCUACUCGUCCAUGCUGUACCGGCAGCAGGCCUCGGGCCGGGCCUGGUACCUGGGACUCAACAAGGAGGGGGGGAUCAUGAAGGGGAACCACGUCAAGAAGAACAAGGCCGCCGCACACUUCAUACCGAAACCACUCAAAGUGGCCAUGUACAGGGAGCCUUCACUCCACGACUUGACAGAACUCUCACGUUCAGGCAGCGGCACGCCCACCAAGAGUCGCAGCGCGUCGGCCCUACUCAACGGCGGAGGGAAGUCACCCAGCAACAAUGACUUAUCCUAGCCCCCCGACCCCUCACACCACACACACACACACACACACACACACACACACACACAAGGGCGCACACGCACGCACACACUUACACACUCACACACACACACCCGCCCACACUCACAGAUCUCAGGCCCACAUGCCCACACUUCAGGCUGGUGAGGGGUUUGGACGAGGCGAGGAUGUACCGGAGGAAGACGGGAGUGUGUUCUUCCACUUAACGGAGCCCACUGUGACUGACUGUGUAUGUAAAUAAAUCAAGGACAAUCAAUCUGUCUGGCUCUGCUGCUCGGGUCUGCAGAGGGGACAGGACCUGUGAAUCUCUUCCCUUGGCUACUCUUCCUGCUGUAUCGUAACCAGACAGAACGAGCGAGGAAGGAGAGAGAAAAGAGAGAGAGAGAGAGAGAGAGAGAGAGAGAGAGAGAGAGAUGGGGGUUGAAUCAGGCAGUCAGUCACACAGUCAGAUUUACAGACUGUUACAGAGAACCAAAGAGUCCAAGUGUUAAAAAAAUGAGGUUGUUGCUACGGAGCGGGCGAGUGGCAGGAGUCACAGAGGGUCACAAAGGAAGGGAGCAAGUCUUUAUCUACUCUACGAUACGCUAUGUUUACACAGAGCUCAUGGGGUUAAGUCAUAUUUUUAAAAAUGACGAACGUAUUCCUUGUACACUUAUGAGGACCGAUCAUUUGUUUGCAUGCAGGUGCGCCUGUGUGUGCGUGCGUGCGUGCG